AUGUUUUCCCAAGAGAUAUACUCCAAUGUCAAGACCAAUGAACCAAAGACAAAACGUGUAAGUUUCAGGGCGACGAAGGAAUUCCAUACGAAUAAUUACACAAACCACUAUGUUCAUAACGGCUCAUUUCCUCAGAAACACGUCUCAAACAUAGAAAAUACUGUUGAUGGAUACCCCAAAUUACAGAAGUUGUUUCAAGAAAAAGAAAGACAAAUUGCAAACUAUGCCACUAAACCCUUCGGUUGUAAAGUCAAUAUAGAUCAGAUUGUUCCAACUUUGAAUAAAUGGAUACAGAAAGAUCAUCUCUGUUUUGAUGUGGUGAUGAUCGGCUGUUUGACUGAUAAUCAGUUCAUUUAUCCAAUACUUUCCCAGUUGCCCUUAGAUAGACUAGUAUCGAAACCAGGAUUUUUAUUCAUUUGGGCUAGUGCUCAUAAGAUUAACGAAUUAUCUAAAUUAUUAAACACUGAAAUUUGGGCAAAAAAAUUUAGAAGAAGUGAAGAGUUGGUCUUCGUCCCAAUAGAUAAGAAUUCUCCCUUCUACCCGGGUUUGGAUCAAGACGACACUUCACUGAUGGAAAAAAUGCAAUGGCACUGUUGGAUGUGUAUCACAGGUACGGUUAGAAGAUCCACAGAUGGUCAUCUAAUUCACUGUAACGUAGAUACAGAUUUGAGUAUCGAAACACAGGGGGCACAAAACGUAGCAGUACCAGAACAUUUAUACAAGGUAGCAGAAAAUUUCUCCACUGCAACCAGAAGACUACAUAUUAUCCCUGCUAGGACGGGCUGGGAGACACCUGUUAAAUUAAGAUCUGGUUGGGUUAUUAUGAGCCCUGACAUCAUGCUAGAUAAUUUUAAUCCAAAGAAAUAUAGAGGUGAAAUAUCGAGAAUCGGCUGUAACGUACCAUUGAAAAAUGAGAUCGAAGUUUUGAGGCCAAAAAGUCCCGUCCAGAAAGCACAACAAAACUAA